UUGGAACUAUAAGUAGUUUUAGUUUUGCGAUAAAGAAUCUCAGACAAGUUGAAGUGUUGAACUUGCCCAUACCCCAAAACUGGAAACAAGUUGACUCGACCCAACUGAGUUCAUGACACUGCCUCGCCCUCUCCUCUCCAAACCCAUCAGCAGCAGCAGAACACCACCACCACCGCUUCUGAGCACUUCUUCAAGACCCAAUGCCUUCUUCAAUCCCCACUCUCUCAAACUCAUCGUCCCCAUGGCUGCCGCCAGCUCCAGACCUGGCGUUUCUUCCGCCCGGCCACACUCCUCGUCGCCGAUCAUCUCUCCCACCGUCGCCUCCGACUCCGCCGCAGCCGCCUCGCCGAGUAGAGUGGAGUUCAUUGAGGCAGGCUUGGAGAAGGUUAUAUAUGGGUGUCGGUUUAUGACGUUUAUGGCGGUUUUGGGGUCUUUGAUUGGAUCGCUUCUGUGUUACAUCAAGGGCUGCACGUAUGUUGUACAAUCUUUUAUUGAAUACUUUGCACAUCGUAGCAAGGUCAUCAUGUUACUGAUUGAUGCCAUUGAUGUUUAUCUUUUGGGAACAGUGAUGUUGGUGUUUGGAAUGGGUCUUUAUGAGCUAUUCAUCAGCAACCUCGACACGGUGAAGGCACUCUCAGAGGAUGAAGCACCUUAUACAUCGAGUCUUUUUGGCAUGUUCAUUCUGAAGGCACGACCAAAGUGGUUAGACAUAUCAACUGUCAAUGAACUGAAAACGAAGAUUGGCCAUGUAAUUGUAAUGCUCCUUUUAAUCGGGUUGUUAGAGAAGAGUAUGCUAGCAGUCAUACGAUCUCCUCUUGACUUGCUUUGCUUUUCAGCCUCAAUCCUCCUUUCCUCUGGUUGCCUCCUUUUACUUUCUAAGCUCAAAGAUUAGAGAUGAAAAGGCACAGGUAUAUCACUCUUCUUGAAAUGAGACUGUAUGUCUCUGGAAGAACAUUUGCGACAAUGUAUAUUACAUUUGUGUAUAUCAAUAUAACUGUUCUACUUGGUAGUUUGAGUAUGUAGCAGUUAGAAAAUCUAGUCCAUAUCCAACUGAUAAUUGGUGUAAAAGCAGUAUAUACUGCAACUUGAGGCUAGUAACUUACUUUGACAUGGUUGAUGUAGAUUACUAUCAACAAAGAGGCCUAAGAACAACAACGUUGCAUCUCAAUGCACGAUUUUCC